AAAAAAUUGCAGACUUUUUUGGCAAUUGGUAAAGGAAUCAUCAAGAUGAAUAGUAAGGUUUUACUUGAGUAAUCAAUUUGAAAUAAAAAAAGAAAGUCAGGAAAAUGAAGAAAAAUUCUAAGUGAUUAAAAUAAUAGCACGGGGCAUGCUACAUUUGAGAUGCCUGUAGGAUGUCCUGAGAAAGAUAUCAAACCUCAUAUCCCCAAAUUUUCCCAUUCAUAAAAAUCAAUAUCCUCACAAUGCCCUGCAUGCCCCUUCAUGACUCAGGCCCUUACUGUUUUCUCAGUAUCAUGCCCCACAUUUCUCUCUCAUUUCCCUCAAAAUGGGCUGUCAUACUCAAUGAUGGCGAACACAUCAACUGGUUCUUGCCUCAGAGCCUAACCCUGAACUUUCUCUCUGCCUGGGAUGGAUAUUCAUAGCUUUCCCCAUAGUUCAAUUUCUUACUUCCUUCUGUUUGGAUGCUACCUGGUCAUCAAUGCAUUUUCUUACCACUUUGUCAUGAGUAUCCCCACCUUCCAUUGACAUCUUUCUAGUCCUCUCCAUAAAUUUGUCAUAAUCUUAUUUUUAUAACCUUUUAUUAUUGCCUAUUGUCUGUCUCCCUCAACUAAAAUGUAUGGAAGCUCCAUGAGAUACAGAGUUCCAUGUCAUUUGUAUCCAGUAAUAUAUACCAAAAGAUGGGUAGUGUUUAACAAUUCUGAAGACUUGAAGGUCUGAGAAUUUACCCUACUGGUUAGCUGAAACAUUAGCCAGUCACCAUUUGGGGAUGUUGAAAUAAGCCAGGCACCAAGGUCAGGCAAAUGACUUAAUUAUUUUGUAACAAUAGCUAGCGUGUCAAUAUUUGUAUCAAAGUCCAAUUUCCCAAAGAUGAUGUAAGGCGGACCAUAUGACAUCUAUGCAGAAAGUGUCCUGUGCUGUGAGUAAAGGACACCAAACUUAAAGUAAAAAAAAAGUAAGUCUAAGUCGUUUUAAGGAGCAGUAACUCCACCUUAGUGCUGCUCUGAAAUAUGUUCUUUAUUAUUCUAGACAGUAAAAGAAAAAAACUUACCUUUCAUGACAAAGGAAGGCAUUACUUCAUAUGUCAAGGCUGUUUGCUAUACAAAAAUCCUGGAAAAGAUAGUCUGAAACAAAGUAAUGAGUAUCUCUACUCACAAGACAAGCAGAAACUUGAAAGGAAAUAAAGAAGUACCACCAUGCAUGGUAGAUACUCAGUACAUAUCAGUUAAUGAAGGAUCAUUCCUGUGAGUUACUUAUUACUGUUACAUCAAUUUUCAAAUGCAUAAAUUGAAGCAAUCAGAAAGUGAAUUGAUUUUCUAGAGGCAUGCAGCUACUCUGGUAAGCACACACAGCCCCAAGACGGGGAACUGAGGAGACCAGGAGACAGGUAACUGAGUCCUCUUUAUCUUUUACUCUACCCUGCCGUCAGCCUGUCAAGCAUUAAAGAACGCAUGGAGACUAAAGAGAGAAAUGUGAAAAAAUGAAAAACAGGAAUGGAAGAAAAGGAAAGAAUGGAGAGUGCCUUUGAGCUCUCCACUUUUGCUCAUCUGUUCAGAACUACAGAGGAGACAGGACUUUUGAUCUUGCCUACAGACAAGAAAACCAGGUUCAGGAAAGCAGGGAGCAUUUCUCAAAACCUGAAAGGAUAUCAGGAAUCAAGCACAGUGGGUGGAGCCUGGUGCUACCAUCUGUCUAUAAGACCACUCCUCAGUUUCUGAGGAGAAGUACAGUGCAGAGCUCCUGACCUCUGCACCUGGAUCUGCAACCAUGAAGGUGGCAACUAUCUUUCUUGGCGCCUUGGUCCUGCUCAGUUUAGCAGGUAAUAUCACGGCUGACUUCGUGGGCAAAAAGGCUGAUUGCAAUUAUGGAGUUACAGGAUGUCCCAGGAUUUAUGACCCUGUGUGUGGGAUGGAUGGAAUUACUUAUUCCAAUGAAUGCACGCUGUGCUCUGAAAACAGGGAACGCCAGGUUCCUGUCCUCAUUAGAAAAUACGGACCUUGCUGAAAGUCAAGAUUUUAAACUCUUUUAAGACUACCACUAUGCUUGGCUAGUCUGUUUGUUGAAUAAAUGCAUCUGAAUAGA